AUGGCCGACAACGACAACCAGUCCCCCCAGGACAACGUCCCGCCCCCCAACGCCGAGCACCUCAACAUCAAGGUCACCGACAACAACAACGAGGUCUUCUUCAAGAUCAAGCGCAGCACCAAGCUCGAGAAGCUCAUGACCGCCUUCUGCGAGCGCCAGGGCAAGUCCCUCAACUCGGUGCGCUUCCUCUUCGACGGCACGCGGGUCCAGCCCACGGACACCCCGGACGCGCUCGAAAUGGCGGAUGGCGAUACCCUCGAGGUCCAUCAAGAACAAGUCGGCGGGCGCCUGCUAUAG